AUGCUCCCGGCGCUGUUGAUUUUUUGGGGGGUCCUGACCCCACCCUGCGCCCCCCAGCCUCGAUUCUCGCCCGAGGCGUGGCUGCAGCAGUACGGGUACCUGCCCCCCGGGGACCUGCGGGCGGGGGCGCGGCCGGCGCCGGCGUCGCUGGCGGCGGCGUUGGCGGCCAUGCAGCGAUUCUACGGGCUGCGCGUCACCGGCACCGCCGACCCCGACACCGUGCGGGCCAUGCUGAGGCCCAGGUGCGGGGUCCCCGAUAAGUUCGGGGCGCAGGUGAAGGCUCAGGUGCGGCGGCGCCGCUUCGCCCUGCAGGGACUGCGCUGGGAGCAGCCCGAGAUCACCUACAGCAUCCAGAACUACACCCCCAAGGUGGGCGAGGCCGCCACCUGGGCCGCCAUCCGCCGCGCCUUCCAGGUGUGGUCGUCGGCCGCGCCCGCCCUGCGCUUCCGGGAGGUUCCGUACGGGCAGAUCCGCGCGGGCGCCGCGCCGGGCGCCGACAUCAUGGUGCUGUUCGCCGAGGGUUUCCACGGAGACUCGGCGCCCUUCGACGGCCCCGGCGGAUUCCUGGCCCACGCCUUCUUCCCCGGGCCCCACAUCGGCGGCGACACGCACUUCGACGGCGCCGAGCCCUGGACGCACCGCGGGGACGACCUGAGCGGUGAGCUGACAGGACCUGGGGGGCGGUUUGAGCUGGCAGGACCUGGAUAUGGGGCUGACAGGACCUGGGAACUGAGCUUUGAGCUGCCAGGACCUGGGAUUGGGGCAAAAUCGGCGGAAUUCCCCCCCCAAAUCAGCGGAUUUCCCGCCAAAACUGUCGGAAUUCCCGGCAAAAUUGGCGGAAUUCCCGGCAAAAUUGGCGGAAUUCCCGGCAAAAUCGGCGGAAUUCCCGCAAAAAUCAAAAUUCCCGCCAAAACCGGCCAAAUUCCCGGCAAAAUCGGCGGAAUUCCCGGCAAAAUCCGAUUUCCCGCCAAAACCGGCGGAAUUCCCGGCAAAAUCCGAUUUCCCACCAAAACCGGCGGAAUUCCCGGCAAAAUUGGCGGAAUUCCCCCCCAAAUCGGCGGAUUUCCCGCCAAAAUCGUCAGGAUUCCCGCCAAAUCGGCUGAAUUCCCGCCAAAAUUGUCGCAAUUCCCGCCGAAAUCGGCGGAUUUCCCGGCAAAAUCAAAAUUCCCGCCAAAAAUGUGCGAAUUUCCCGCCAAAUUCCCGCCAAAGUCUGCUGAAUUCCCGCCAAAAUCGGGAUUCCUGCUGAAAUUGCUGGAUUUCCCGCCAAAAGCGGCGAUUUUCCCGCCAAAAUCGGAUUUCCCGCCAAAACCGGUGGAAUUCCCGCCAAAAUCGGAUUUCCCGCCAAAACCGGUGGAAUUCCCGCCAAAAUCGGAUUUCCCGCCAAAAUCGGCUCCUCCCGGCCAGCAGGGGGCGCUGUGGGGGGGGGCCUACACCUAUUUUUACCGCUCCCACCUCUACUGGAAAUUCGACAACUCCGCCCUUCGGCCCCUCCCCGGAUACCCCAAAUCCGCGCUCCGCGAUUGGCUGGGCUGCCCCGGCCCGGCCCCGCCCACCGCCCCGCCCCAGGGCGGCGACGGCGACGUCAUCGUCAUCGCGGUGGGGGCGGGGCCGGGGGCGGUGGCGGCGCCGCUGGCGCUGCUGGGCGUGGCCGGGGCGGCGCUGGGCGUGGCGGCGGCGCUGUGCCGCCGAGGGGGCGGGGCCAACGCGCACCUGCGCAGGUGCCAGCGCUCGCUGCUGCCCCGGGUGUAG